AGCAGAGAUUUCCACUUUUGCUUCCUCGAGCUGCCGGGGACCUCAGAGGCUGCGGGGAGCACCCCCAGCCCCCCUCGGGAAUCAGACCAUGCACCUGUGCAGCGGGGCCCCCCCUUGCAAGGAAGGGAACCUUCUGCUGGCCGCUGAUCCCAGGGAGGUGGACAGACAGAAGCGGCGAGAGAGGAACCGGGCGGCGGCUCAGCGCAGCCGGCACAAGCACACCCAGAAGGCCGAUGGGCUGCACCAGGAACACGAGUGUCUGGAGAAGGCGACAAGUCCUCGGAAGGAGAUCUGGUCACUGCAGGCCGAGGUGAAAGGGUGGCUCCGGACGCUGGAGGAGCAUCAGCGCGUCUGCCUCCUGACCGAGGCUCCCGGCUCCGCCCAGACCCAGCCCGAGCGGGCGCCCCGGGUGGGCCAGCGCCCCCCUUGUACGGCCCAGACCUGCCGCCCGCCCCCGCAGGCCCCUGCCUCCCCCUCUGCUGGGCCCCCUGCAGCCGCUGCAACGCAGGCCCCGCCUCCUCCCGGCUUCUUCCCUGCCAGCUCCCUCUCCUCCCCCCUCCCGCUUCUGGCAGGGCCUUUCCCUGGGGCAGCCCUGACCCAAACCCGGGGGCCUCCCAGCCUCCCGGCCUCUUCCUCUGGCCUUGGGCCUCUUCCCCCCGCCCCCAUUGGCAACCUGCUCCUCCGCUGCCCAGAGACCCCAGAGAGGGCGUGAGAAGAGCGCGUGCAGGGCCCUCCAGCCCCCCCCCCCCCCCACCGAGGGCUCUCCCGCUGCCCCCUGCCCGACUCUGCGUCCCAGCGUGUCCCACUGAGGCUCCGACCUCCGCCCUGGCCUGGGAUUGGAGGCUGCAUCCGGCCGGCCCAGCUUCCUUCCCUCAUCCUGGCUCCUCCAUCCGCAGAACCCUGACCCGGAGAACAAGCUGCUGAGCCUGGGGAGGGCCGGGGAGGGCUUCCUCUCUGGGGGCCUGGUCGGCCCACCUGGGACACGAGGUCCGCGAUCCUGCCCAGCCGGCCCCUCCUUGGCCCAGUGGCAGAAUUCCCGCAGGCUCUGGCGCCCCCCCGACGGCCGAGGACAGAAUCCGCUGGUGGGCUCCGCUCGGGCCUGUGUCUGAGACAUUGCGGGGGUCAGCCAGAGAAUCCUCGCUUCUGCCCCCACCGUGUCCCCUUUCUGCGCCUCGGUUUCUCCAACCAGUGGCCGGCUGUGGUCCGGCCUUCGCAGCAACUCCGGCCCGUGGUUCUCCGAGUCUUCUCCGAGUCUUCUCAUUGCCCCGAUGCCGGACAGGGGGGAAACGCCGCGGGAAAAGGCGGAGGCAGGAAGCCGGGCUGGGGGCUGCGGGCCCUCUGCCUCUCCUGGUUCUAGGCCAGUCCAGACACUCACCGCGCCCUGCUGGUGCCAGGGACAGAAAGCGCCCCGCCUCUGGGGGCUCCCCCCCCCAAACAGGGAACAACGCGCAAACGGCUCCGGGCCAGCGGGAUGUCUCGGGGAUCCUGGGGCCGAUCGGCCGAGGGGAGGCACCGGAAAGGAGCGGGAAAGCCCAGAGGGGGCAGGGAGGUCGGGGCGGGAGCCCCCGAGAGGAUGCCCAGGGCUGAGGGACCGAGGCUCCUGCUCACGGAGCAGCUAUUCAGAACGAGGGUCCAGGCUGGGCAGUGAGGGGUGAGAAGAUGGGAGGCGACAAAAGGCUUUGAAUGCCAAGCGGAGGGCAGCGAGGGGAGGCCGUGGACGAGGAGAAGAAAUGAGCUCUGCUCCCAGCGAGAGGCUCCCAAGGAGACUGCUUCCCCCCUUCCCCCUCCCCCCCAGCACCCAGCCGGCCUCCCAGACCGGGAGCCUCACCCCAGGCCGCAGAGGCCCGGAGCCGCAGCCGCCACGCUGGGCCAGACCUCCGAAACGGCCCCGCCCAGCCUGGGCCUGGGCCCGGCCACCCGGAGUCUGAGCCCCGGCCCAGGCGCUGGGCAGGGGCCUGCCUCGGGCUCCAAAGUGGGUGCGUCUGCGCUAUGGGCAGGUGUCAGGCCCCCUGCCGGGAGUCUGGGGGGCAUCAUAGAAAUUAAACAGAAGCUUCCUCAGUC